AUGGAGGAGGAGGAGGAAGGGGGUGGCGAGGAGCAGCAGCAAUUCUCCUACCGACAGAGGCUGAAAGCGGCUGUCCACUACACUGUGGGCUGUCUCUGUGAGGAAGUUGCAUCGGACAGAGGGAUGCCGUUCAGCAAACAAACCAUCGCAGCCGUCUCGGAGCUGACCUUCCGGCAGUGUGAAACUUUUGCCAAAGACCUUGAAAUGUUUGCAAGACACGCGAAAAGAAGCACAAUUAACACCGAAGAUGUGAAGCUCUUAGCCAGGAGGAGUAAUUCACUGCAUCUGCAGGAAGUGUUAGAAAUGAAGAAGAACAGCCUCUUGACUUUCCUGGCUGGGCGGUACCAGUGGGCCUCCCAGCUGGGCGCAGCCCCCUUCACAGGAGGGGCAGCUGGGGAGGUGGCCAAGCGGCAGGACGUCCCGCCCCCUCAGCGGUCCCUGCGGGAGAAGGCACCUUGCAAGGAUUUCUUCUGGAAGACCUUCUCCUCCUGCAAAUAA